CACAUGCAGUAUUAAAGGGGAAAUCUGUAGUUUAAACAACAGCUAAAAUGGUAUUGAUAAACAGCUGAGGAAUGGUGUUAGAGAAAUGUAACCACUUUCAAAUUCAAAGACAGAGCUGUGGAUUCAAGGACUGACCAUCCAAACUAUAAAUUUAACCAUGUUUUGAGGCUAUAUAGUCUUUGUUUGCAAUUACAUUGUUUAACUUUUUUUAAAUGUUGUGUUCUGAUGGAGUACGACAGUUGAACUAAGCUCAUGAGGCAUUUAUAGUUUGUAGUCUUCAAAAAAUCUAUGGGUUUAUGUUAUUCAUUUAAAAGUCAAAAAUUUGCUUACAGAUUGCCAGGAUUUAUUUUUCUAUGAUCAAAUACAAAUCUUUGAAUGUUGUAAACAUCUUCUUCGGUUAUCACAUAAACAUACUGGUCGAUGCCGUCAAGUUCCAAAAUGAGUAGUAUGUAUGCACGGACAGUAGUUUGUGGGCAAAAGCACUGUGUAAACAUUGCAAUGGUGGUUUUCGAUUCAAUUCCAGCCAAGAGUGACCCAGCAGUUAGAUAUUGGCUGCUGAUUAAAAUACUUGAUGUAGUUUUACCCUUGUCUAAAGUGACUGUGCUGCUUUGAUAAUUGUCCAUACAACACAAAUUCAUUAAGAAACUGAGAAAAGAUCUGAAGUAUUUACAUAACAAAAGUAUUGUGUAGAUGAGACUGACAUAGAGUAUCUGUGAAAUCAAUUAUAGUAGGCCUGUAGUACAGUGUCCAUAUUAGGACAGCCAAAGUCUAAGCAGAACUUUUUGAAGCUGUUCUCAUAUUGACAACGUAGUACGGUAGUAUUUUUUACUUCCUUACCUACGUGACUGUCACUUUCAACUGUCGAUCACUACACUGAGGUAUGCAGGCCAUAUGGUCUUAGUUUCAGGCCAUGAAGGUAAUAGGGGUUGUAAAUCGCACAAGUAUCAUUGUAUCAUCGCUCGGUCAAUCAUUGACAGUCACACUGACCUUGGUUUCCUUUCAUUGUGUGUGUGUCAAAUCAAAUCAAAUGUUAUUGGUCACAUACACAUGGUUAGCAGAUGUGAAUGUAGUGUGUAGCGAAAUGCUUGUGCUUCUACAGUGCAGUAAUAUCUAACAAAUAAUCUAACAAUUCCCAACAACUACCUAAUACACACAAAUCUAACAAGUAAUCUAACAAUUCCCAACAACUACCUAAUAAACACAAAUCUAAAGGGGUGAAUGAGAAUAUGUACAUAUAAAUAUAUGGAUGAGCGAUGGCCAUAGGCAAGGUGCAGUAGAUUAUAUAAAAUACAGUAUAUACAUGUGAUAUGAGUAAUGUAAGAUAUGUAAACAUUACUAAAGUGGCAUUAUUUAAAGUGGCAACGUUUAAAGUGACUAGUGAUCCAUUUAUUAAAGUGUCCAGUGAUUGGGUCUCCAUACAGUAUAUACAUGUGAUAUGAGUAAUGUAAGAUAUGUAGACAUUAUUAAAGUGGCAUUAUUUACGGGGUGUGUGUGCCUCUAUGACACUGCAACAGACUCCUAGAUAACCACACAUUCAUAAGAAUGAAGAACUGUAGUCAGAACCGUAGUCACCCCACCACCAAAGGUCAGAGUGCUUUCAUUGUUACAGAGAGAGAUAUUAAAAGAGUAUUGUCUAACCUGAAUAUUCUAAGGAGACACCAAUGGCAAACACCAAUGGCAGGUACUGUAUCUAUUGUGAAACUCCUGAUUUAAUAGUUGAGAAAGUCAAACAGUGGGUCAGGAUGGGUGUCAUCGCUUUCGAUGAACCAAUCUAAACCAAUUUCGAUGAACCAAUCUGUCAUAUUGUUUAUCUCCUUAGACCACACCUAAGCCCUAAACCCUGGUCACCGUCACCUUAUAGGUGAAGCCUCUCUGGUUUUUACACGCCUCUUAUUGCUUUACAACCCCUGUGCAUAGACUAAAGUUCUCUGCAUUUGAAAGAAGACAACAGACAUCCAGCACAUUGGAGACCGAGCAAGGACAUAGAAUAACUCGCAUAUCUCGUGAGGCCAUUUUCAAUCAUCCUGUGUGACUGAGGGUUUCAACCUCAAGAGUUUAGAAGCCUUUUCCCACACCUGUGUGUGUCUGCUCUGGGUGAUCAUGUCGACGGCAGUGGAACUAACUGGGUUUUUGUUGUGCGUGGCAAGCUGGCUGCUCACCGGCUCCUCACUAGCCAAUGACUACUGGAAGUUGUCCUCGGUGUCUGGCAGUGUCAUCAUAUCCACACGCCAGUUCCAGAACCUAUUUCACUCGUGUGCCGAGAACAGCGCCGGCAUUAGGAACUGCAAAGACUUUGAGUCUCUGCUCGCUCUGCCUGGCUACAUACAGGCAUGUCGAGCCCUGAUGAUCAUCGCUCUGCUCCUGGGUCUAGCGUCCAUCAUUGUGUCAGUGCUGGGGCUGAAAUGCACAAAGAUCGGCAGCACUUCUGAACAGGCCAAGGGCAAAAUCGCUCUGACAGGCGGAAGCAUGUUCAUCUUAUCAGGCCUUUCCACCUUGACUGCUGUGUCAUGGUACGCUGCGCGGGUGGUGCAGGAGUUCCAUGAUCCAUUCUUUGCAGGAGUAAGGUUUGAACUGGGUGCAGGUCUAUACAUGGGUUGGGGAGCUGCCUGUUUGGCCAUUCUAGGUGGGGUCAUGCUCUGCUGUUCCUGUAAGAGGGGUCCACCAGGACCAACCACAGGGGGAUAUUCAUACAACUACUCCAAAACAAGCGGUGCACAACAGAUCUACAGGGGAGCAGCUGUGUCAGAGUCUGGGAGUUCAAAAGCUUAUGUUUAAAGCAGUUUAAAAUGUGUGUUCUUUUUCAAUCUAAUUGUUUGUUUGUCUGUUUCCAUUUGUUUCUUCACCAAAGUGUGAAUUUACUGGUUUGAAUGUGCCAUUAUAUAUUUUUGUUUGUUUUGUUUUUGUUGUCUUGAGUUGAGUCACUGUGAAUAUUAAUGCAAUGUUUAUUACUUUCAAACGUAUUGAAAUAAAAACAUUGUUCUGUUGA